CUUUUGCCUUCAUGUUGUGUUGAACUUUGAAAACCCAGGAAAUAAACGUGGCAACGGCCAGGGAUUAUCAUCUCAUUCAAAUAGGUCUCUGAAUGAAUGCUCUGCAGCAGUCACCGCUAAUGAAAUCAGGACUCGAUUGACGACAUGACAAAUUAGUGAACUUCUAUUAUUAUUAUUAUUAUUAUUAUUAUUAUUAUUAUUAUUAUUAUUAAGUAAACGAAUAUAUUAUAAUUGUACACACUGGCACACGUUACAAAUACACAGCUUGCGUACCGUACUUGUAAAAUUGACAAACGAAAAGCAAUAAAUCUACUCACGUACUCAGUAAAAAAAAAAAAAAUCGUAUAAUAUUAAAUACAUUACGGUUCACAUCUGCACCGUAUCAUCUCGCAGAAUGGAGUCGAUUCACAUGCAUGGGAUCUGGGUUGCAGAGGUGUUGCAGUCUAACUUGAUGGACUAUCAAGGUUUUUGGCUCUUUGUGACCCAUAUGGGGCACCCAAAAGCCGCCUUCCUACUUUAUUUCCCCAUCACUUUCUUUCUGAAUCGAAAAGCAGGCAUCGCGGUGCUCUGGGUAGCAAUUCUAGCAGAGUGGUCAAACUUGAUUCUUAAAUGGUUUCUAUUUGGUGAGCGGCCGUAUUGGUGGGUCAGUGAGUCUGCGGUUUAUGGAUCAGAAAAACCCGAGUUAAUACAGUUUUCUUCAUCUUGUGAGACAGGACCAGGUAGCCCCUCGGGUCACUGCAUGGUGACGGCGGCGGUGUGGCUGGUGAUGAUGACCUCACUCUCCGCUCACCUCCAGUCCCACAGUCGGAGCCCUGUGUUGAAGAUACUCCCAGUCCUGCUCUACCUGCUCGUGCUGCUGGUAGUGGGAAUCUCCAGGGUCUUCACUCUAUCUCACUUUCCUCACCAGGUUGUGACAGGAUGUAUAGCAGGAGCAAUGCUGGGGUACAUUGUGAUUCAACAUGUUCCUGAAGGGAAGUCUUUGAGAUUCUUUGCAUUCAGUUCCUUGGGGCUCUUGCUGGGGGCCCUGCUGGUGUACAGGUGUCUCGAGCUUGGAGGACUCAAGCUAUCCUGGUCCAUCGAGCUGGCCCAGAAGUGGUGUGUGAAGCCGGAGUGGAUCCGCCUGGACACUGCCCCCUUCUCCUCUCUGACCCGGGACACUGGGGCCCUCCUCGGGCUGGGGCUGGCCCUGUAUUUGAAGCCAGGGGGCUGGGAGCUGCCGUUGGCUCCCCGGGCGCUCUCCCUGGCAUUUUCCUCCAUGGCGCUGUACCAACUCAACCAACUGGCACUGCCCACCUCCCCCCCUCUGCUAUUCUAUUGCCUCUUCUUCAUCAAGAACGGCCUGAUCCCCCUGUUUGUGAUGGCUGUCGUUCCCAGGCUGGUGCACGCCAUCGCGGGGCAGGGGCAGGAAGAGAAGGACAAAUAGUACAAAGUGUGGCAUCUUCAUCACAAAGGGCAUAUCGCUUCAAAUGAGGAUGUGAUGCUUAAAGGGUGCUAGCCAAGCUUUUAAAAUCCAAUCUUCCUCAUUAGCUGCUGAUAUUAUUGCUGGUUCUCCCUCCAUCUGUUGAAGAGAUUUUGGUUCUUAUAAAUAAAACAGGGUGCAGCAGUUUAUCUAAAGCAGUGGUUCUCAGUCCUGGUCCUCAGGGACCCUCUGUGUCUUUUGGUUUUCAUUCCAACUGAGCUCUCAAUUACUUAACUAAACCUUUAAUUGAACAAACACGUAACUUAAUUUGGCCUUUUUAAUUGUUCUCAGCUCCUGAAAAGCUGCAGAUUUCAAGUACUUGUAACAUUUUAUAGCUGAGCUGAAAUCUCUAACUGUUUAAACAAUUAAAAAGGCCUAAUUAAGCUAAUUAUUAGUUGAAUUAAGGGUUUAGUUAAGUAAUUGAGAGCUCAGUUGGGUUGAAAACCAGAAGACACAGGUCACAAGAACCACUGAUCUAAAGCGUUGUAUUUGAAAUGUUAAUGAACAGGUAACAAACUGGAUUUGAAAGCCUUGGUUAACACAUGUUUUAUGUUCAGUCAUUCGGAGUGGUUCUUGGCUCAAACGUUGGGCUGUGUUCAUCGCUCUCUGCAGUGCUCUGUAACACAUUUUGAGAUAGGUUGAUGUUUGCUCAUUUCUCUGUGCUUCCUGAUCUAAGAUUUAUUAUUAUUGUUAUAUAUUUUUGUUACUAGAAGCAAACAGAGCCAAGUGAGAUCAAAGGUUUACUAUGGAGCAACAGAACUCUGAACCACUCAGAUGAUUGAAGGGAACAUAAAAAUAAUUCAGUUAAUUUUUUGCAUCACAAGUUGGAUGUGGGCUAGGUAAAUAUUUUCCCUUUAAUGCAGGUUUAUUGCACAAACGCUUGUACUACUGUACACCUGAUAUCUUUCAUGCACAAUCUGUUAUUUGUUUGACAUUAGUUUGUAAGAAAUGUUCCAAUAUUAAGUUUAAGGUUCAUGGUUUAGUGUUAUUGUUAUAGUUAGUUGGUAAACAUUACUAAAUGUUUUUACCAAAAUAUUGACAUCCUUUGAAGCAAUAUUUUAAAAUUCUAAUUUCAGCAUUACUUGAAGUUACUGUCUAGACUGCAAUAGGUCUUUAUCAGUGGCUUUGUUUUCUUUUACAAAGUUGCUGUGUUGUCACUCAGAGAGUGGAGCAUUCAUAAGUAUGCAUUUUCAUUAUAUUUUUAGAAUGUGAGGCUCACUUUAAAGUUCAGAUAUUGCAUAGUUAUGAACCAUCAGUAUAAUAAAUUAUAAAUCUAAUUUGAUGUUGCAGGGUUGUGAUGUUGACAGUAUCAAAUAUUCAGGCACACUUGUAGAGUGGAGAAUUAUACAUGUUUUAUUUCAUAACAUAGAACCAGAAAUGGUGAGAAAAGCCAAAUAUGGAUUUAUGUGACUGUCAGAUUGUGAUCAUUUUAAGUUAUGAAAGAGCAGCAAAGGUCAAUACACAAGUAAAAGUGUAUGUCUGUUAUUGAUGUUAAAAGAUGUUACAAGUUCUCAUGUAUAUCUAGUUCAAGUCUGUUGCUGUUAUUUUGUUCAAUACAUAUAUACUGGCAGUCUGGCGAAUCAGUCUCUCAGCAGCAAUGCUGACCUAAAGGACCUGUCUGCUACAGAAUUGGUCUACCUUUUACUCAAUGCUGUAACACCGAUUGGAAUUCACACAGAUUGUCCUAAAUAGCAGUUUCAAGAUUGAAAAUAAAUACAAAUAAAAAUCAUUCACUUGCAGAAACACAACUGUUAAAUAAACAGUGACCCAGACUAUGUUGGCAGAAACAAAUUAAUUUAUUUACACAAAGACAAAUGUUAUAACAUGAUACAAAAUACUUGACUAAACAUUGAAGAGAAGAGAACAUAAGGUCAGAUACAAGAAAGAGUUUUUUUUUUUAAAGGAGUGUCUUACAUCAUUCUUGUCAUCAAAAAAUUAUAAUAAAAAAAAUAUAUAUAUAUAGUGACAAAAUUAACAUCUUCUACAACACAAUACUGCUUGUCAACCACUAAGGACACACACUCAAUAGUUCUACUGAAUAGGACAUUUAGCAUCGACACUGUUUGCAGUAUCUACCAGAUGUGUGUUAUGAAUACAAAAAAAACAUUAAAUGCAUUCGAUCCAUUUUAUUUAUUGUAUUUUUUUUUUUU